GAUAAUUUGAAUCUAUCAUUUCACAUUCAUAGCAUUCCUGUCCAAAAAAAUUAAUCCGACAAACAUAACGUCAGAAUAUUUUUUCUGUCAAGUGUUGCCUAAUUUUAUUAUGAUUUUUAGAAGAUAUUAAAAACUAUAUAUACAAACAGGUGCUAUUUAAAUAAAUAGUAUGUCCAAAUUUAAUACUGAAGAAAAAUCCCCACUGUUGUUCGUCUUAGACAGUAACGAGGAUUUGUCGAGGGCGAGAUAUUUCGAAAGAAGCAGAUUCAACGGUAUUUCCACUGGAGCUACAGCAGUUUUCACGCAUUUUCCAAAUUAUAUCGGUUCCUGUUGGAUAACCACAGCCGUUUGCGGCUUAGUAUUUUUCAUGAUGCUCCUGCUUGUGCUGUCAACGAUGACAGCUGUCAGUCUUCGAGUACCGAGAUGCGUGGCGGCGCACGACGAACCAAUAAACAAGACCAUCCAUUUGGUGCACGUCCAUUACUCUUUGCCUGAAACGGACCAAGUCAAAAUCGUCAAAGAUUUGAUGGGACUGUAUCCGGAUUAUAAUAUCCGAAUUCUGUCAAUUAUAGAGAAAGACAGGAGCAAUGUUAUCGAACACGAUGGAUGGAGUAAGGAAGUGAACGUAACGACGAGUGGAGUAUUUUUGACUACUGGUAGUACUAGUAGUACGAUGACAACUGUUUCUGAGAAAAAGAAGGUAACAAAAAGAAGAAGAGAAAUCGACUUCCGCGAAGCCAACAGAUUCUUGGACAUGCUUUUACGCGGAUCGUUCGUAGAAAAAACGGACGCCAUCCUCGAAGCGCCAUCCCUGAAAGCAGUAACCAUCACAACACCUUCUCCAUCAACCUCGAAAAUAAAGAUCCAAACGGUAGAAGAACUAGUAAAAUUAUAUCCGCAAAAUAUAACGUUAGAAAUUACGACGUACAACCAACAAUUUUUCGCGUCACCCCUGUAUCCGUACUUCAAAUUUAUGAACGAGAAAAUUAAGAUUUUCGCCGUACGGGUGAUACAGAUUUGGCAAUACGGCGGAAUUAGUUACGAUUUGCAGACUGCCAGCAGCAAUUUAAAGGAUGUGAUGCACAAUAAGUUCGGAAAAGUGCAAAAUUUUGUCAUCACCGAAAGAAAUAACGCAGAAAUUAGUGAUAAUUCUAACAAAAUCGGCGAAAAAAUCGUAAGUGUAGACGAAAGAGCUUUGCAUUUAGAAAGCAAAGUUCCUUGCCAUGCAUUUUUUGGACAACUUUUGAUGGUAUUGAGGAAGACCAACAGCUUGACGACAGUAAAGCAUGUAAUGCAAUAUGCUAUUAGAAGUUUUUGUAAACAUUACGCUCCAAACUCGGACUAUUGUCAUAUGUAUAUGAGUAUUUAAACAGUCGAUUAUUGUGUACAAAUAUAUUUAUUUUUAUGUUGUUUUUAUUGUAUAAAAUCGAUUUUACUGUUCUUAAUUUUUUUAUUCC